UGCAACCUAAACCUCUCGAGGGAGAGAGAGCGAGAGAGAGAGAGAGAGAGGAGAUGUGGGAUGCUAAUCCAUUUUCCCUCUACUUAGCUACAGUAGAGUGAGCGAUUUUGGAUUGGAUUGGAUUGGAAAGCUCGCUUUCUUUCUUUCCCACAAAGACGAUUGAUCAAUCCAUCGAUCGCGUCGAGUGAUUGAUGGGGCAAGCUCUGGAACAGGAUGAGGAAUUGAUGAUGAUCCAUUGGAGUGGCAGCACUGGCAGCCGCGGUAGCAUCCAAGCUCUCAAUUUGCCCACAGCUCUCUUGAACAGCAAGCAUUGCCGCCGCAGCAGCGAUACUUCCUCCACCAUGGCUCAAGAGCAGCAGCGCCGCGGAUCCUCCGAGCAGCAGCAGCAGCAGCGCAUCCAGCUGCCUGUAGAGAUCCAAUCCAAACACCCCAAAAUCGAUCUUCCAGGCUUGAUUGCUUGAGCCCAACUAUCACUUUUGCUUUGUGUGCCCUGCCAGUCUUGUGUGUGUUUUUGCCUGCUCUUCCACAGCACCUUUAAAGCUGCCUCCUCCUUUUUCUUAUCACCCAAGCAUUUAACUUAGAGAAACUCCCGGAAGAACACACGAGAUCCAUUCGAGAGUGUGAUCUCUCUCUUCUUCACGUUUCCUUCUACUAAGUUCUUCCGGCAAAACUAUAUAGUUCCUCCUUCCUUAGAGUGAGGAGGGAAUCGCAGUAGCUAUCCCACCCCUGGAUCCAUCGUUCUCGAUCGAUUGAUGCCAUGGAUUUCAGCUUGAGCGGCUCCGUGGAGCCGGGCGGCGACGUUCGCAUCCUCAAGCAAUGUAGACCCAUCCUGGAGCUGGGCGAAGAUCGCCACGAGGGAAGCCGAUCGAUGAAGCUGUCCAGGACGGACUCCUUCUCCUCGGCCAGGCAGCAGCAGCAAGAAUCCAAUUCGUCGCCCUCCCCCGACGAUCACCACAGCAGCUCCGCGUCGCUCCUGGCGGAUCCGGGAGGGAUGCUCUUCCAGCAGCAGUACUCGCGGCAUUUGUUCCAGCAGCAAGGAGGAUCAUACCCAUUUGCCGGCGCGAUCAAGCAGCAGCCACACUCCAUCUCCUCUCCAGCGUUCCAGCAGCAGCAGCAGCAACAGCUCCACUACUUCCCAUUCACAGCGUCGCAGUGGGCGGAGCUAGAACACCAAGCGCUCAUCUUCAAGUAUAUGAUGGCCAGAGCUCCAGUUCCUCCCGAGCUCGUCAUUCCUAUCCGCCGGAGCUUGAUCCUCUCGCCCUCCUCCGCCACGAACUCAGCAUGGAGCGGGUUCCAGAUUGGAGUUGGAUCGGGCAGCCCCAUGGACGCGGAGCCCGGGCGGUGCCGAAGAACAGAUGGGAAGAAGUGGCGGUGCUCCAGGCCGGUGGUGGCGGACCAGAAGUACUGCGAGAGGCAUAUGCACAGGGGGAGGAACAGAUCUAGGAAAGCGGCGGAAGCAGCGGCGGCCGCGGCGGCCGCGGCGGCAGGAGCGGGAUCCAACUCCGCCGCCACCGCCGCCACCGCCACUUCCGCCACCAACAAUGGCGGUGCCAGAUCGUCGGCAUUGUCACACCAGAGUAGCAGCGGCAGCAAAGGUGGUGGUGGUGGUGGUGGGAUGGUUGGUGGUGGGAUCAUGGAGACUGGCAUGGGAUCAUACCACUAUCCUCUCCAAUCAGCUGGAGAUCUUGCCGCUAGCAAAGAUCAUCAAAGGUUUGUGAAUGGAAUGAGUAAAGCAACGUUUGAUCCUUUGCGUCCCGAGCAGCUGCUCUUUGCGGAGGUUUCUGGCAGCUGCACCAGGCCUCUAGGCGGCGGCGGUGGCGGAGGAGGAGGAGGAGGAGGAGGAUCGUCGUCGCCACCCAAGAUCAUCGCUGGAUCCGAGCACCACAACUUCGGGAGCAUGCAAAUCUUUGGACCAUCGUCGCAAGAACACGAGGAGCUGAGCAAAAGCCCUUUGAUCCGAGGCAUCGAGCGCAAGCCCGAGGCGCUGCGCCACUUCUUCGACGACGACUGGCCCCGAGAUUCCAACUCCAUGCCCGCCACCAGCCAUGACAAGCUCGCCAUGCAUUGCUUCAAGAGCGUUCCAUCCACUGGGAUCCUCUCCCUGGCGCUGGAAGAGCAAGAACAAGGGGGCGAUCACGAUCGCUACAAGGCACGAUACGAUCAUCGAGACAACGAGGACGAUCACGAGCACGAGCUCGAGGAGGAGGAGGAUCCCUACACCAACAUCAGCCUCGCCAGGAUCUCCUCCUCCUCCGGCGCCAGCGGCGAUUUGCUGUCGGAUGUUCUUCUCAAAUCCUCGUCGUGCAAGCCUCCCGCCGGCGGCAAUGCGGUGGGAUUCGAGCAGCAGCAGCGCAAGAAGAUGAUCCUGGCGUCGCCCACUGGCGUACUCCAGAAGCUGACGUGCUUCUCGGAUUCCAGCAGCAGCGCCAGCAGCCCUGGAUCGGUGAAGAACGAUGCGAACCACGCCCACUGAACGAGUGUGAGAGAAGAGAGAGACGAGAGUUUGUAAGAACCCUAGAUUCUUGGAAAGAGAGAAGGUUUAGGGUU